CGAUUCUGUUAUUUUUAAUUUCGUACACACUUCUAUGGCAAAUUCUUACUCUUCUAAUUCUGCCAAUAAGUCAAAGAUCAUUCUUAACAUAUUCACCAAUAAGCAAAAACUGAGAAUUAUUUAUCAAUGUCUCGGGAAAAUAAUUAGUUCACAAGAUGAUAGGAGGUGUAAAUCUGUCUCUGACUUUAUAAUAUAUGAAAAUCAAAUCGAAUUAUCUUCUCAGAGAAAUAUUAGUACUUUAGGAAUAACAUUUUAA